UUGAUUGCUUUCAUGCUUUUGCUGCUUUAACUUUCCUGUGUAUGUAAAAAUAAAAGACUCUACAACAUAUACCAGAAGAGGCGAUGGUGGUGCAGAAAGUCUUGUGACUCAGAUCCCAAUAUACAUACUGACCCUCUAUAUUAUACACCAUUAACCAGAGAAGCAUAAUAAACUGCUUUUGUUUUGUUUUUCAUUCUCUUUCUUCCAUUAAAAUCUGGGUUUAGUUCAGUCUUAAGCACAGGGGGUUUUGAUUUUUUCUCCUUGUGGUCCUUUUCUCUUUAGAAAAGAAACCCACUUUUCUUCUUUUCUUCUUGUCCUUACUACACUUUCCCUUUAGUACUUGGUAGGUUGGAAGAAAAAUACAAGAACCGGGUGGGUUAGGCAUGAUGAACAGUGGUGGAAGCGAUGCAAUUGGAGGGUUAAGAGCCGGAGGCGGAGGCGAAAUGUCUGUUUCCGGCGAUCAGAAUCGUCUUUUGAAGGCUGAGAUAGCUACACAUCCGCUCUAUGAGCAGGUCUUAGCGGCCCAUGUGUCUUGUCUUCGUGUUGCUACGCCGAUCGACCAGUUGUCUUUGAUCGAUGCGCAGUUGGCGCAGUCGCAUAACCUUUUGAGAUCGUAUGCUUCACAGAAACAACAACACGGUCAUGCUCUAUCACCCCAUGAAAGAGAAGAGCUCGACAACUUCUUGGCACAAUAUUUAAUAGUGUUGUGUACUUUCAAAGAACAACUUCAACAACAUGUCAGCGUCCAUGCCGUUGAAGCUGUCAUGGCUUGCCGUGAAAUCGAAAAUAACUUACAGGCUCUCACUGGAGUGAGCUUGGGUGAAGGUACAGGAGCAACAAUAUCAGAUGACGUGGAUGAGCUGCAAAUGGACUUCUCUUUGGACCAAUCUGCCUCUGAUGGCCAUGAUUUAAUGGGUUUUGGUCCCCUACUUCCCACUGAAUCCGAAAGGUCUUUAAUGGAAAGGGUCCGUCAAGAGCUCAAGAUCGAACUCAAACAGGGUUUCAAAUCAAGAAUCGAGGACGUGAGGGAGGAAAUCCUACGCAAAAGAAGGGCUGGAAAGUUACCAGGUGACACAACCACAGUGCUCAAGAACUGGUGGCAACAACACUCAAAGUGGCCUUAUCCAACCGAAGAUGACAAGGCGAAACUUGUGGAGGAGACAGGGUUGCAGCUGAAGCAAAUCAACAACUGGUUCAUUAACCAAAGGAAGCGCAAUUGGCAUAGCAAUUCUCAGUCUGUGACUUCCUUGAAGUCCAAGAGGAAAAGGUAGACAACAAGCUCCAUGUAUGUCCAUGGAUGCU